CCGCAGAUAUCUUCAUUCAGUCAGAUUUACUUAAAAAACAUAAUCUUAUCGAGAUGUUUGCACAAGUCCUUCUCCUUUUAGGCCUGUCGGCAUCCUCCGUUCUGGGGGAUUGUUGGCAAACAGGGUGUCAACUUGACAGUUGGGCGGUAAAGGGGUGCGACCAAUAUGACCGUGACACGGCUGGAACUGAAUGGUGCCAAGGGGGUAAAAAGUACACGUGCUGCACCCGUGGAGGUGGUGGAGGUACCACGCCACCCCCAGAUAACGGUGGCGGAAAUAUGCCAACCUGGCCUCAAUUCAGUGCCGGUGUGACCAACAACGGCUACCCGGCCCCAUCUCAAGAUCAGUACAAUAAUUUCGUCAAGCACGCCGCUCGCUGGGGUCGGGUCACCUCGAAGCAAGAAUCAGCCAUGGCUUUGGCCCAAUUUCUACACGAGUCGGACGGUCUCCGCGCCAAGAGGGAGUACGCUUGUGCGCAGACGCAGUGUCCAAACAGCUACAGACAACCGUCUUGCGAUGCGCCCGGGCAGUAUUAUUAUGGUCGCGGGUAUAUUCAGCUGAGUUGGUGCGAAUGGAAUUACCGACCCGCGUCACGAGACAUUUUCGGGGAUGACCGACUCGUCAGCGACCCUGAUCAGGUUGCGCGGGAUGAGUCGACGGCAUGGGCUACGGCUUGGUGGUUCUGGGGGAAAAAUGUGCACGAUAAGGGAGGCGUUCAACAAGGUCAAUUCGGAUCUACGACGAGAGCGAUUAACGGUCCGUUGGAGUGUGACGGAGCCAACCCGGGUCUUGCCCAGAAGAGAUUCCAGAUUUAUGGGAAGGUGCGACAAGGCUUUGGUCUGGCUGGGGCCGGAGAUCCUUCUGGAUGUUAAGUAGAUUGUUAAGAUUGUGGAAUUUUUUUCUGAUGAAGAUAAGCAAAUAAAAACACAUUUAAAGAACGGCAUAAAA